AUGCUCACCACACCCAUCUCAUCCAACCCCCAAACACCCCCACCACACCCACCUAGCAUCAUGGCUGAGAAGAAGGAGAACCUCUUCCCAACGCUUGGUGACGUCGCGGCACACACCGAAGCGGUCGAGGACGUCAAUGACGAGGACACCAAGGCGAUCCGCGAGGUCGAGUCGCUCUGCAUGCGCUGCCACGAGAAUGGCACGACCCGCUUCCUCCUCACCACCAUUCCCUACUUUAAGGAGAUUGUCGUGUCGUCCUUUCUGUGUGACAGCUGCGGGUACCGCGACACCGAGGUCCAGCCUGCGGGCGAGAUCCAGCCCAAGGGAUGCGCAUACACCGUGCACAUGCUGUCACGCGCCGACCUUGACCGCCAGCUCGUCAAGUCCAACUGGGCGACUGUGACCAUCCCCGAAUUUCAGCUCACGAUUCCUCCCGGACGUGGCCAGCUCACUACUGUCGAGGGCAUCCUGCGCGACACUGUGCGCGACUUGGCAAUGGAGCAGCCUGUGCGCCGCAUAAUGGACAAGGAGACGGCCGACAAGAUUGACGCGCUGCUCGCACCCCUGCGCGACGCUCUUGACAUGGAGGAGGGCGACGAGGGUGGUGAGGUCGGUCGCGAUGGUCCAGCCAUCAUGCACGAGAGCGUGCACCACGACAGGCCGUUCAAGCCGUUCACCAUCACUCUUGACGACCCCAGCGGUAACUCGUUCCUCGCGUUCAAUGACUCGACCAACGAUCCCCAGUGGAACAUGCGCGCUUACAACCGUACGUUUGAGCAGAACGUCAAACUAGGCCUUGUCGCGGCCAAGGACGAGGAUGAGGAGGAGACGACCAAGAUCGCCAACGCCGACGAGUUUUACCACCGCCACCGCGCCAACGUCGUCGAGCACGACGUCCCAGUCCCCGAGGAGGUGUUUUCGUUCCCCGCGACCUGCAGCUCGUGCGGACACGAGCUCGAGACGCGCAUGCAGCAGGUUCACAUCCCCUACUUUGAGGAGGUGAUCAUCAUGUCGUCGACGUGCCCGACCUGCGGUUACAAGGACAACGAGGUCAAGAGCGGAGGCAAGAUCAAGCCGCUCGGCAAGAAGGUGACUCUCAAGAUUGAAGCUGGCGACGAGGACGCUCUCUCGCGCGACAUUCUCAAAAGUGACACGUGUGGCCUCGCGAUUCCCGAGAUCGACCUCGUCCUCCAGCCCGGCACGCUCGGCGGCCGCUUCACCACCGUCGAGGGCAUCCUGAACGAGAUUUACGACGAGCUCUCCACCAAGGUGUUCCGCACCGGCGACUCUGGAACGGCAGGUCACGCACAGGGCGAGAUUGGCCAGGCGAUUGUCGCUGGCGACCGCAACUUUGAAAAGUUCCUCCAGGGCCUCAAGGACGUCAUGAACGUUAAGCACGACUUUACUUUGAUCAUCGACGACCCCCUCUCCAACUCCUACCUCCAGAACACGAAUGCACCGGACCCCGACCCGGACAUGACUAUCGAGGAGUACGAGCGGUCGCAGGAACAGAACGACGACCUCGGCCUCAGCGACAUGAAGGUCGAGGGUUACAACCCUGAGAUCAAGGACAAGCUCUAA